GCCACGGUGCUGCUGUACCAGAGUCCCACCACUGGCCUCUUCCCCACGAAGACCUGCGGCGGGGACCAGCAGGCCAAGGUCCAGGACAGCCUGUACUGCGCCGCGGCCGCCUGGGCCGUGGCCCUCGCGUACAGGCGCAUCGACGACGACAAGGGGCGGACGCACGAGCUGGAGCACUCGGCCGUGAAGUGCAUGCGAGGGAUCCUCUACUGCUACAUGCGGCAGGCCGAUAAGGUCCAGCAGUUCAAGCAGGACCCGCGCCCGACAACCUGCCUCCACUCCGUGUUCAACGUGCGCACAGGGGAUGAGGUCCUCUCCUACGAGGAGUACGGGCACCUGCAGAUCAACGCGGUGUCCCUCUACCUCCUCUACCUGGUGGAGAUGAUUUCCUCGGGGCUGCAGAUCAUCUACAACACCGACGAGGUCUCUUUCAUUCAGAACCUGGUGUUUUGUGUAGAGAGAGUUUACCGGGUGCCUGACUUCGGUGUCUGGGAAAGAGGAAGCAAAUACAACAACGGCAGCACAGAGCUGCAUUCGAGCUCGGUGGGCUUAGCAAAAGCGGCUCUAGAAGCAAUUAAUGGAUUCAACCUCUUUGGCAAUCAGGGCUGCUCGUGGUCAGUCAUAUUUGUGGAUCUCGAUGCUCAUAAUCGCAACAGGCAGACUCUGUGCUCCCUGCUGCCCCGGGAAUCUCGAUCUCACAACACGGACGCCGCCCUGCUCCCCUGCAUCAGCUACCCUGCCUUCGCGCUGGAUGACGAAGCUCUGUUCGGCCAGACACUCGACAAGGUGGUCCGGAAGCUGAAAGGGAAAUACGGCUUCAAGCGUUUCCUGAGAGACGGGUAUAGGACGUCCCUGGAGGACCCCCACAGACGCUACUACAAACCGGCUGAGAUUAAGCUGUUCGACGGCAUCGAAUGUGAAUUCCCCAUAUUUUUCCUGUACAUGAUCAUCGACG